UUAUAAAUUAAGUGAUAGUUCACUUUUGUUAAAUUUAAUACGCAUGUCCGGUUCUUCUUGUCAUUUUUCUUUUGAUUCUGAAAAUAGAAAGCACGUUUAUUGAAGCAAUUUCCAAUAAAAUAUACCGUAGAUGACUUAUGGCAACAAAAUAAAGCAAUAAUAAAAUUUUGAAAGUGUAAUUACUUUUUUGCACAAAGGAUAAAUUUUUUUAUUUUGGAUUUAUAUUAGAAGGCAGGAAAAUUUUAUUUUGGUUUUAGACAGUUUUAGAGAAAGAGAAGUACUUACCUUAGACAAUUUACGAACGUACAAACUACAUAGAAUGGCAAAUUAUCAAAAAGUUGUAAAAUUUGAUCCACCAUCGUCAGCAUCUUCUGACAGUGAUGACCGUCCCGAUUUAGUGGAUGCACUAUAUAUUGAUACCAUAUUAAAAAUUAAUAAUGGUAGUCAUAAAUUCGGUGAUAACGAAGAAGACGCAAAUGAAUAUUUGAAGUAUUGUUGCCCAGCGUCACCUACGACUGUGCCAGCAAAGACCUCACGUUCAAAUUCGUCCGACUCCCCAGUCAGACCUUUGACGCCAUCACAACGUCCAAUCACACCACAACGACCACGACGACAAAGAACGACAUCAAUGAAUCAAACGACAACGGCUCAUCCAUCUGGCUCUAUUAUACGGUCAAAUAACCGGACUAUAUACACGGCCGGUCGACCACCAUGGUAUAAUUGUGCUGGUCAGCAAGUUGAACCUUUUGUUAUAGGAAUAUGCGGAGGUAGCGCCUCGGGUAAAACCACUGUGGCGCAAAAAAUUAUUGAAAGUUUAGAUGUUCCGUGGGUCACAUUAUUGUCAAUGGAUUGUUUCUACAAGGAUUUAUCAACUGCAAAGGCAAUGAAGUCAAAUUUGUUUUGUUCCAAUUGUGAAAUUCCAGUUAAAUUUAAACAAUUUCCUGGUAGUCAAUUGAUUUUAUGUAAUCAUUGUAAAAUAAUUGCUAAUAAAAGUCAAACAAUUUCAAUAUCAAAUGCAACAAAAUUUAAUAAAGAACCGGAUCUAAUUGGAAAUCAUAGUAAAAAUAAAAAAAAUGGCUACAAAAAUUAUAAAAAUUCACAGGUUUUAAAUGAAAAACAACAUGAUCAAGCCAUAGAAAAUGAAUAUAAUUUUGAUCAUCCCGAUGCUUUUGAUAUUGAUUUAUUGAUUGAUGUACUUAAAAAAUUAAAAGAAGGUCGUAAAGUUGAGGUUCCGGUUUAUAAUUUUGUAACACAUUCAAGAGAAAAUCACACAAAAACAAUGUACGGCGCAAAUGUUAUAAUUUUUGAAGGAAUUUUAGUGUUUCAUAAUCCAGAAGUACUUAAGUUAUUAGAUAUGAAAGUUUUUGUUGAUACUGAUGCUGAUAUUCGUCUAGCAAGAAGAUUAAAGAGAGACAUAUCUCAGCGUGGUAGAGAUCUUGAAGGCGUAUUAAAACAGUAUUCAACAAUGGUGAAACCAAGUUAUGCAAAUUAUAUUGCCCCAUCUAUGAUACAUGCUGAUAUUAUAGUACCAAGGGGUGGUGAAAAUAAAGUAGCCAUACAUUUAAUUGUACAACAUGUUCAUACACAAUUACAAUUGAGAGGUUUUAAGUUACGUGAGACUUUAGCACAUUCAUAUAUAGGACAACCAAUGCCAGAUUCACUUAAUUUAUUACCGUCAACUCCACAAAUUAAGGGUCUUCAUACGUUUAUUAGAAAUAAGAACACAUCACGUGAUGAGUUCAUAUUUUAUUCAAAAAGACUGAUACGUUUAGUUAUUGAAUAUGCUUUAAGUUUAUUUCCAUUUAAAGAUACAACAGUGGAAACACCGCAAGGUGUCCAAUAUCAAGGAAAACGUUUAGCUUGUAAAAAAAUAUGUGGAGUUUCAAUUUUACGUGCUGGUGAAACGAUGGAACAGGCUGUCUGUGAUGUUUUAAAAAAUAUUCGUAUUGGAAAAAUUUUAAUUCAAACAAAUCACACAACUGGUGAACCAGAAUUAUAUUAUUUAAGGUUACCAAAAGAUAUUAAAGAUUAUCAAGUAAUUUUAAUGGAUGCAACAGUUGCAACAGGUGCUGCUGCUUUAAUGGCAAUUAGAGUAUUAUUAGAUCAUGAUGUUCAAGAAUCAAACAUUAUAUUAGUAUCUUUAUUAAUGGCUGAAAUUGGGGUUCAUUCUAUAGCAUAUGCAUUUCCUAAGGUUAAAAUUGUUUCGUCAGCUUUAGAUCCAGAAAUAAACGAUAAAUUUUAUGUUAUACCUGGUAUUGGUAAUUUCGGAGAUCGUUAUUUUGGAACAGAACCAUCUGAAACAGAAAUAUUUUACGACGAUCGUUCUAUUGAUUUUAAAAAUGUAUAAGAAAAUUUUUUUUUAUUUAUUUUGGUCAGUUUUAAGGAUCAUAUUAAAAUUAAAAGUGUUGUUCAUUGUCAAAAAAAAAAAAAAAAUUAAAAAUUAAAUAGAGAAACCUACUAGUUUUUAAGCUAUAAAAGAUGGAAAAAAGAAAUUACAUUAAUUGAAGCUGUUAUUUUAUAUUUUUUUAUUUAAGAUGAUAGUAAAGCAGUACACAAUGGAUUUAUUUUUUAAAUCUAACUUGUAAAAUGCCAAUUAAAAUGUGUAUACAAAAUAAUUUCAUUUUAUCGUUUAUUUAAAAAUGACUAAAAAUACAUACAUAUACAUGUUUAAAUUUGAAUAAAGUGAAUUGUAUUUAAAUAUAAA